AUGCAAAAUUGUAUUAUGAAGUUUCCUCAAAAAUUGUGGAAUAUUGUUAACAAUAAUUCAAGUGAUGCAAUUAAUUGGAGUGAAAACGGUACAAAAAUUCUCAUUGAUUAUCAAAAAUUACAAACAGAAUAUUUAUUCACGACAAAUGAAAUGUUCAAGACACGAAAUAUCGACAGUUUUAUACGACAAUUAAAUUUAUAUGGAUUUAAGAAAGUGACAACAUUCUAUCGUGAUAAUGAUUCAAAUAAUUUGCAAGGUUCUCAAGUACAUGAGUAUUUACACGAUUAUUUUCAAGCAAAUCGCAAAGAACUAUUACAACACGUUUGUCGUAAAUCGGCGACAUCAAGUGAUAAAUCGAUAAAAGGGAAAUAUUACGUUCACGAAUUAAAGAAAAAUGAUGUAAUCAUAAAAAGUGCGCACAAAUUAAGCCUCCGGGAGUGUCAGACUGCGCUCACGAAAGCGUUAGAACAAGCUGUUUGCCAAUAUAGAAGGAAGAAAUAUUUAAAAAAAUUGCUAGACUCAAAACAAAAAGUUGUUGAAUCGAAAAUUGUGACUAAUGAAAAUCUAUACUAUCCAAUUUCGCAGGAUUGUUCAGUUGUCCUUAUUCCAAAAAUGUUAAUUUUCAACUAUCGUUCCUAA